AUGAGCGCCACGGAUCCGUACUCGCUGUCCCCGCAGAACGGUGUGGUGGAGGCGACACUCUUUCAACUGCUGUUUCCAGCUCACGUUUCCCCUGCUACCCGAGCUGCCGUGGGAAAUGUUAUCGCAGUGAAGACACUAAACGAUAAUUCUCCUGAGGGGAUCGCUGGGGCACUUGUGGUGUCGUCUCCGUCUGCCUUCGAGCGAAUUCGUGCAUGGGAGACGAUGCCCCACGGGCGUGCAGCGCGCUCGUUCCGUGGCACGAAACGCACUCAGUUUGACAACCGUGACGAUCCCGCGCUGCUACACACUGUGCAUGCGCAGCAGCGGCAUGGCGUGUCUGCCGCGAAGGGUCCACGUGCGCGGCACUCCGCUCCAGUGGGGCCGGAUCGCAGUACUGAUGCAAGUGCUGACUUUAGUACAGUGCCGUUUUCGCUGCGUUUGCGAGAAGUUGAGCGGCGAUUUCGGGAACAGAUGAAAGUGCACCGCGGUCUGACGGCCGCGUCCCGCCAAGUCGAUAUCGUGGAGCGUUCUGUUCAGCUGUUUCAAGCAGAGCGGCGCACGCGAGCGUUCGCGCAGGCACUUGCAGAGCGUCAAGACGCCAUCUGGGCCCGUGUGUGGCCUGGUGGCUCCCUUCCGAAGACGGAGGACACUGAAGCGACUGCGCAUCGUCAAGCGGCAGCAUCGGCUCGUGUUGCGCCCAUGCCGGCCUCGCGCCGUAGCGACAGCUCUGCGACACCUUCGGCCAGCACCGCUAUCUCACCCCCGCCCCCCGCGUCCCCGACGGGCUUCUUGCUCAAGGAUAUCCUAGACACCUACUCAAAGCCGCGUGAGCUUCGAGAGGCUAGCGGCGGCAGCCGAAGUGCGGCGGCUGCCGCUCCUGCUGCAUCAAAGGCGACGAAGAUGCCAAAAGGAGUCCCACUCGCCCCGGCACGAGAGGCGCAGAGGACUGUAGCUGGGGUAGAAAUUUUCCGCCCUGAGAAAACACCGAAACAUUACACUGUCAUCCGCUACGUCGAGGCAAGGUCCAAACACGCCGCAGCCACACACAACGCUGUCGACCGCCAGGGCACCUCGCCAUCCUCGGCUGUCGCCCCUGCCACCGCGGCAGCGGUGUCCGCAGCGUCCUCGAAAGACGCUGCACGGGGGGAAGUGAAAGAGGACUCCACGCAAGCGUUCUCCAGCGUUGUGAGCGAGGUGCACCAAGCGGACGAAGAAGGCGGAGGCAAAGCCUCCGAUCAGAGCAGCGCCAGCGUCGCCGAUGAAGCCGCGUCGAUGAAUGACACGUACGACACGGACACGUUCGACUCGCACGUCUCCAGUGGAACAGCUGUGGAUGCUUCGAUAAGCAAGGCGAAGAGCUCUGUCGUGAGCAGCAUGAUUCCUACGGUGGAAGCGACGUCAUCUUCCCUCACGCAGAGCAUCACCUCUGAAGAGGUCGAAAGCGGAGCUGCUGGGCGUCCGCUGAGGUGCAACCGCCGUGACGGUGGUAAGAGGAGCGGCGCCUCCGUGGCCGAUGACGAGGGCGCAACACCCUUUGCCGAAACCUUGCAAGCUUUCUUGGACGCCUGUCGGAGCGUCUCGGCUGCCUCUGCUCGACUGCUCCAGUCCCCGUAUAUUCGAGAGAGCAGCCAUGAUGCUGGUCAAGGCAGGCAACACACCCCGAAUCCGGCCAAAAUAGAUGCCCCGCGUUCAGCCCCGAAGGCAGUGGGGGAUGCUGCAUCAUGUGUUACCGCGAAGGCAGCCACUGGUGCAGAUGUCUCUCCAGCUGCUUGGCGUGACGCCCUGCUCCGGCAGCUACGCAACAUACGUCGCCUUCAGCGCUUUCGUGAACACCUGCUCCGCCACCUGAAGCGCAUUGAUUUGCAGCGGCAGACUCACUGCAAUGCGACACGACUGCUGCGGGAAACGCAAGCCCUCGCCAAAGUACGCCGUAAACUGCUCUCCAGCUCCAGAGUCGGGGGCGAAGCAUCCUUGGGGAGCAUGCUGCGUCACGUGAAGGGCGUCUCCACGGGAACAGGUGGGCGGAGGGGCCCGCGCCGCGGUGGCGGUAGGCAUGGCUACGGUGCCCCGCGGCAACAGCAUUCCCUGCCGUCGUGGCUGAGAACGAGUGUCGUGAGCGACGCCGACACAAUAUCGGAUGUGGUGCUCACCGACAUGAACAGCAGCGUCGGCGAAGACAUCAUUUCAGCUGACUCCGGCGUAGUGGAGGAGGAGAUGCGGCAUGGCAGCGAUCAAAGCGAGACGUUCGUCUCGGACAGCAUCGUCCAGGAAGAGGUAGUCAGCUGGGAUGGGGCCUCCCGACACAGCGAGGUGGCCAGCGGUGGUACCGUCUUGACCGAAGUGUCGAGGAGCCAGGGGGGCGACGGUGACCCCUCUUACGGCAGCGACUCCUUCGAAGCAGCGAGUAACUCAGACGCCGCGGGGCGCUCUGCGUGGACUGCGCGGUCUGGUAUGGUGGCUGAAGUCCGCCUAGACGAGAUCGAGGAGGAACUCGCAAACCGAUUAGCCGAAAUAUCGUCGGAUGCCAUCUCCGAAGGGAGCUCGAUUCCAUCCGAGGUGGAAGAACUUGUUGACCUGCUCCCCUCCUCACUCAUCCCAAGCGAAGUCGAAGACGACGACGCGAGCCCGCAAGGCAGCUCUGCAGCCACCAUGGGCUCCUACAUUGCCACUGACAUGAGCAGCUCCGCGGCAGGCUUGCAGGGACAGCAACGACGCAUGUACGUUGGUGCAAAGGGCUCUACCGCGUGGUACGCAGCUGCCGGAGAAGGGGCAGCGGGUGGUGUCAGCGGGGCGCUGACGGAUCACAAGGCGUACAUUCGCGACUCCCCUGGCUCUAGUGUGUACAGCGUGCCGGAGGACGCCGAUGUGGACACAUCUAUGCCGCAAUCCACAGACGUCCGCUCGGAAGGCGCCCGAGACUCGGUGCCGAGGACGAGUGGAAGGGUAGCGGACCUUGAUGCGGCAGCAUCCCUCGCGGCGGCGAACGAGAAGCGUAUUCGUGGAAGGGCCAGCCCGACCCCCUCGACCAAGAGCGACGGGAGCAGCAGUAGCUCUGAGGAUGCCUUGACAAUGUUGGAGGUGGACAUGACCCUUACGAAGGGGCGUCGGCACCACGCGCUACGCUGCGCCUCUGAUGUGCCGACGUUUGAGCAGCUCUACAGCCCAUCCAUGCCCCCGCUGGAUGAAGGGCCACUGACGGGAAGCGGCAACCCCAGCACCACCAGCUCUGCCGGCAGCGGCCGGUCCUCCAAACCAGAUCGACGGAAAGGUGGAUCUGCCCACAGUGUCGGCAUAGGGUGGUCGAACACCGCAGUCUCGUCCCUUCACGAACGAGGCGCAGCGUACCUCGUGCACUAUCCGACCGCGCGGAUGGAGGCCGGCACACAGGCGGAGAUGCGAGCUGUGGGCACCCACCCCACGGCCAUAUGUGCUGCUUCAGGGAUGAGAGCGACAUAUCCGACCGACGACUACGUUGCGCAGGGUGCGUGGAAGGCGCGUCAGCUACAUCUCUUGCGGCAGCUGCGAUCACCCAUUGUGGAUGACUCGGAGGACACGGCCAAGAACUCAGCGGAGGCCACCGACAACCCGAGUCGCGCUUUUGAGCAGCGGCAUCGUCCGCCGAAGGACAAGGCCGAUGCCGUGCUCGACGCCGCCGAAGCUGCGGCGCGUGAGGAGUGGGCACAACACUGGGGUGUCGUGGAGUCGCUGCUGCAGACACGUUUUUCCGCGUCAUCCUGCAUCGGUAGAGGCGAGCCACCGUCAUCCUCGCGUCGCACAGGAAAGGUCCUCCUACAGCGCUUCCCGUCGGAUUCAACGUCACCUACUCGGGACGCUUCUCAGUCGAGUGUGCCGGUGUCCUCUGCAUCACGCUGA